AUGGCGCGCGGACUGAGCCGCGAGCUGGCGAAGGAGAAGGCGCAAAAAAAGCAAGGGAAAAACGCGUCCAAGGGCAACAAGGAGGAUUUGACGCCGGCGCGGCGCGCGGAGCGAGACGCGAAGACGCUGCGCGAGAAGACGGCGAGGAAGGAGGCGGCGCGCGCGGCGCUCGCGGCGAGCGGAGAGGCGGGCGCGGCGGCGGUGAAGGCGGAGGAGGCGAAGAAGGCGGCGAUGCGGGCGAAACAGAGGGAAAAUAAAUUGGCGGCGGCGAAUCCGUUGUUGGCGAAGAAGCGAGGGUGA